AGAAAUAUGUACUUAAACGUUUCCGGCAACGGCAAAAUGGUGGACUUGUCAUUAUAUUUCGCGCCUUGCAAAAAAUCCAAAUUUGCUUGCUAACAUCAUCUUAACUGCGCUUUAUAUUACACCAUUAUGUUUAAGAAAGCUAAAAGGUGCAAUUUCCGUCGGCGGAACGACUCUGAGGAUGAGGAAAAAGAGGAGAAUGCGCAGUCCGGAGGGCCUGUGGCUGAAGACUCGGCGAAACCUGCCGCCUGCGCCGCUCCCGGAGUAAACGUGCUUAACAGUCACGGUAACGGGUUUCAGUCCGGUCUGGUAAAAUCAAACAAAGAGAAGGAGAAGAUCAAAAAGAAGGAGAACCGCGAGGAACCGAAAGCCAGUCUGUUGAGCUUUCAGGAUGACGAAGAUGACUCAGAGGUGUUCCAUGUGAAGAAAUCCUACCACAGCAAGAAGAUCGUCAAGCAACUGAAGAAAGAAUACAAAGAUGAUUUGGAAAAGAACAUUGAUGUUGUGCCGGAGAAAAGCAGACGACUUGAAGGUGGACCGGCUCAGAACCUGGCAUUAAAAGUGGAGUCCUUAGAGGCCAGCAGUGAGCAGGGAGAAGAGGAAAUGGAGGUGGACAGCAAUGAAGAGGACAGUGAACAAAAGGGUGCAGGUGGAGCAUUCAGCCAGACUAUGUCCGCCCUCAGCUCCCUCAAACCAGGUGAGAUCCCAGAUGCCGCGUUCAUCCAUGCCGCUCGUAAGCGUAGGCAGAUGGUUCGAGAGCUCGGGGGGGACACCCCAUUGGUGGAGAACGAGGUGACAAACAAACGUCUCGUUCACGAGGACGAACAAGGCGGCAGCGACGAUGAGGAUGAGAAGAGAAUCGUCUUCAGCGGCGUCAAUCAGAAGAGUCAGAGGCAGAAGAUAGCAGAAGAGAUUGGUGUUGAGUGCAGCGAUGAUGAAGCUUUAGAUGAUGUGCAAGAUGAAGAAGUGAGUCGCUGGGUACAGGAACAGAUCAGGAAGGGCAUCAGCAUCCCUCAGGUCCAAUCCACUCACGAGGACACGACCAUGUAUUACCAAGGCGGUUAUGAUGCACAGCCCUAUGCAGCUUCCUACGCCAUGCCGUAUACCUACGCAGCCACCACUGUCGGAACAGAUGGCAGCAAGGCACUAAAACAAGAGACAUCAAUACCUUAUGCCAUUCCUUCUAGUGACCUGACCCCUAUAAGCACAGAUCUGGUAAAGAAACGUCUGAACGACAGGCUAAACUUCAUGCGUCAGGGGUACAGUUCCAGUGCCCGGCGCUUCGAGCAGAUCCAGGAGGAGCUGGAGGACUCUAAAAAGACCACCCAGCUCCUGGAGGGCUCCUCGCAGGAGGCCGCAGACAAAUAUAAAUUCUUGCAAGAAAUGCGAGGGUAUGUUGGAGACUUGCUUGAGUGUUUCAGUGAAAAGGUGCCUGUUAUUCUGGAGCUAGAGGCUGCCAUGCACCAGUUACUGCAGCAACAGGCAUCACGGCUCGUCCAGAGAAGACAGGAUGAUAUUAAAGAUGAAUCAUCGGAGUUUUCCAGCCUUUCAAGUAAGGCUGUUAUGGCCCCUAACUUGGACUCAUUCGGACGUGAUCGCGCGGCCUAUCAAGAGCUUGCCAAGCAGAGAAGGAUAGCCGAAAGAGAAGCCAGACGAACUCGACGUAGGCAAGCGCGAGAGCAGAGCGGCAAGAGAGCCGAGCAUAAGGAGGGACUGUCCAGUGAUGACGAGCAGACGUCUACUGACAUCACCAGCUUCAACCUCGAGAAAGAACGCAUAUUUAAGGAAUCAAAGAAGUUGUUUGAAGAUGUGGUGGAGGAUUUCCACUCUCUGGACAGCAUAAAGACGCACUUCGAGACCUGGAAGAAGCUGUAUUUUGCAUGCUACAGGGAUGCGUAUAUCGGUCUCUGUCUGCCCAAACUCUUAAGCCCUCUCAUUCGACUGCAGCUCAUCCCGUGGUCUCCGUUGGAGGUGGGGUGUCCCAACUUUGAAAACAUGUUGUGGUUCGAGUCACUGCUGUUCUACGGCUGUGAUGAGCAGAGUGCUAUGAAGCAAGAGGAAGAUGUAGAUAACGGUCUUCUACCUGCUAUCGUAGAAAGGAUCAUCCUUCCCAAACUGGCAGUGUUGACAGAUCAGGUGUGGGAUCCACUUUCUAGCAGUCAGACGUCUAGACUGGUGGCUUUCAUGCAUAGGGUGAUCAAAGAUUAUCCCACUGUGCUGCAUGGUGACAACCGCAAUACGCAGGAGCUGUUGAGGAUCAUAGUCAUGCGAAUAAGACGGACCCUCGAUGAUGACAUUUUCGUACCUCUAUUUCCAAAAAAUGUUAUGGAGAACAAGAACUCUGCUCCAUACCUCUUCGCCCAGAGGCAGUUUUGGUCUUGUGUGAAGUUACUGGGCAAUAUCCUAAUGUGGGAUGGGAUCCUGUCUCAGACGGCCCUGAAGGAGCUCGCUGUGGACAGCACACUGAACAGAUACAUCCUCUCAGCCCUGCAGGCCACCGACGUCACCGAGGAAUGUGUGGAGAAAUGUCGCAAGGUGGUCGAGAGUUUUCCCAUUCUGUGGUUCAGCAGUAUGAAGGGUCAGCAGACUAUUCCUCAGCUGGAGAACUUUUGCAGAUACAUAAAACACGUGGCCAGCUCAGUUUAUCGCAGCUGUGUGGCAGGAACGGAUGUAGAGAAAAGAAACGCCAGGGAAAACAUAAAGGAGAUGGUUAGGCUUCUGGGACGACUCAACGCUUUAGACCAUGUGAUCGAAGUUGCAUCAGAACAUGGCAUAAAAGAUAUAAAAAGUAUAUUAGAGACCAAAUGACUGUCAGGCCAUGGUAACUGACGCGGGACUGACUGAUCACUCCCCCUUUUCACAUCGAACACUUACCCUGUAAAUAUUGUGAAUAUUGUACAUUUUGGCUCCCAUCUUUGAGCCGAUGGAGUUCUGUGUGGAUACACGGGUGGGUCUUGGAAUCCGUUGAAACCGUCAUUGGUUUACUAUUGUUUGCCCUGGGUUUGUGCACUUUGGUGCGUUAAGAGUUCAGAAAUCACUUACCUGUGGAGACCUCUCCAUUUUUUACAUUUUUUAACAGACAGCUUAUCUAAUGGAUGUUUUAAAUUCUGACCUCUGUCAGAUCGUUACCUGCACAAUACAUACUAAUAGUUUUUUUGGAGAGCAGGUUCCUUACAGCCGUUUUUAAACUAAUCAAGUAACAUGUGCAGCCUUGGAUAAAUGAUCCAGCAUCUGUGUUCAUCCUUAACCGUUUUUGACCUGUCAAACGUUUUGAAGUGCCAACCUCAUCCCUAAACAAAUUUAUAGACUGCCAAACAAACAAGACAACAGGCUGCAGUAAAGAAUGUAUAUCUAUAAUGUUUUUUUUUCUGGACCCUUAAAUGUGUUAUUACAUAAAUAAAAAGUGUUAAUAGAUA